CCGCCCCGCCGAGGCGCCGUUCGCCGCUCCACGUUACCCGGCCCGGCCAUGCUGCGGGUCUGCAUCAUCCUCUUCCUCCUCCUCCACGUCGGCCGGGCCGCCUCCCCCGCUCCUCCGGCCACCCCGAGCCCGCUCAACGGCACGGAGGCGCCGCGGGCGGCCGCGGGUAACGUGACGCGGCCGGGCCCGCCGCCGACAUCGCGGCGACCGCCGGGGUCGGGGCUACCGGCGGGGUCGGGGCUGCCGGUGCUGAAGCGGGCGGUGUACGUGCUGAGCGCCCUCUCGGCGCUGGCCGCGCUCUAUUUCCUCCUGCGGGCGUUCCGCCCUAGGUCAGAGGGACCCAGAAAUGAGCGGAAAACUCAUUUCAGGUUGAAGAAACCUCAGCGGAAGAAAUACGGCCUUCUCUCAAAUUACGAUGAGAACAUAGAGAUGGCCUCAUUCGACAGCGACGAGGACACGGUGUUUGAGACGAGAAAUCUGAGGCGGUAA